AUGAUUUCCAUUUUGUUCAUUGGCCUGUACCUCGUCACGUUUCAAGUGACGUGUGAGGGCGCCCCAGGUCCAAAAAUUAUUAUACAGAACGACGUCGAGAAAAGAGCCAUUUGUGCUGAAAACCAAAUGGACAAAAGUAGUGGCUGUCCACAGUGGAAAGGCAAAGGAUUUUGUUCUCAGGAUAGUAAAUACUAUCAAUUUAUGAUGGGAAACUGCUACGCAAGUUGUGGCCGUUGCCAGCUGCCUCCAACGGAAGCACCGAAAGUGGACCCAGAUGCCUGCCUGCAGGCCCAUAAUGAAAAGCGGGCUCUUCAUGGAGCCCCAGCUUUGGUGUGGGAUAACAAACUGGCUCAGGAUGCAAAGAACUGGGCAGAUCACUUGGCUUCUACUGGACGCCUAGUCCACGCUAAAAACAUUGCCGAAGGAGAAAACCUGUACUCAGGCUCGAGCGGAUUUGUCAAAUCCUGUUCAGAUGCCGUAAAGUCUUGGUACAAUGAAAUAAAGUUUUAUGACUUCGAUAAUCCAGGAUUUAGUUUCGCUACUGGACAUUUCACAGCGGUUGUAUGGAAGAGCACCACCAAACUGGGCGCAGCUUUGACCAAAAUAGUGUCAGAUAACGGAAUCACUCACACAUAUGUUGUGGCACGCUAUUCGCCCGCAGGAAAUGUGAUUGGCCGUUUUGCUGCAAACGUCAAGCCAAAGUCCUCAUAG